UUUUCCGGAUGGCGCCAAAGAGAGAGAGCGAAAGUACCGCAAUCACAGCUGAGCUGAGAUGCUGGCUUUUCGCGUAUUUUCGCCGUUCUUAAACUCAGUUCGUGAGGCGCUGGCUGAGCAAAAACAACAUGUACGCGGAUGUUUCAUCAGUUUGCGGCUAGCUACGUAAAAUGUGCGCAAAACCCAAUCGGAACUACAGUUAUUGUAGUGAAAAGUGCUAAUAAAACCCUAACGGUAAAACCACUCUUUACAACGGAAGAAGAGGAAAAGCGAAGGAAGUACUGCUACUGCUGAUGCGUUAUAAAAAACUAACGGGAAAUGACUGGCAUUUAUUAUGAUUGCGGAAUAAACGCCCUGCGAAAUCAAUAAAAAACGCGGAAACAACAAACAAUAAACAAUUCGUUAUAUAGCAUAAGCAUAUGGAACUGUGAAUGUGUGUUGAGUGUUAAACAUAAAAUAGGGAAAGUGCUUAAAGUUCCAACGGUAAACAUACUUUAUUGAUGCGAAAGUUAAAGCUAAUUGCUAACCCCAAUCGAAUGAGAAAUGUCUGAUUUUUAUUAUAUUUGCGGGCUAUAACGCCCUGGUAAAUCAAUAAAAGCCAGGGCACUUUAGCAAACCCUUCGGUUCGGGCAAUCCUCAGAACCCGCAAAACAGUCACGGACAUAAAUGUAAGCGCUUUCGGUGUUGAAAAGCCAAAAAGCCGGCCAGUGGUUCAAAAAGCCGGAGAAUGGAAGCCAAGCCUCUGCUCUUCUCGUGUUGUUAUUGUCGAAACGGGGUCAAAAGUUCGUGUCUCACUCGCUAAUUCAACCACACAAAAAAGCGCACACACACUCGCACACUCGUACACCACCCAGAUAACGGUUCCUCAAGUGCAAGCAAAGACGCUGCGUCGCCCGUCUGGCAGAAGAAAAGCAUGAAAAAAGCAUAAGAAAAAGCAUAGUAAACGCAGAAGAAAGGCAGACAAAAGCAUUAGCCAAGUGCCAAGUAACUCAAAACUGCAGGCCUACCGAAACCAGGGGAUAACCCACAUACAAACAUGCAUAUAUAUUUGGAAAACAACACCAAAUCGCAGACAACAAACUAGGCCAAUUCGCGAGGAAGCGGGGGAAAGCGCAAUGGAAAAGUGCUCUGGAAAUGAAGAGAAGUAAAAUAUAAUAAAAAUAAAACAAUAGCAGUUCUCUGGCCAUUUGUCAAUGACUGGGCCACUCGCGUGACUGGCGAUCCUCGGGGAAAGUGGAAUAACUGCAGCUGCAACCAGACUCCAGACUACGGAACAAGGACUAUUUCGAAAAAUAUUGUGGCCGCAUUUCGUGCAAGGACGGCAUAAAACAGAAGCGGCAAAUAGAAAAGCCAAACGGCGGCUAAGUUCCCUUUGUCUGCCAUUGCCGCAGGAGGAGAGAAGGCGGAGCAGGAGUCCUGGCAAUUGGCCAAGUUAAUAGAGAGCCGGGAGGCCCGAUAAUGACGUUGCUGGAGUUGCUGCUGCUGCCGCCCAUGUUGAUGAUGAGGCUGCUAACUUGGUUAUUGCUGCCAGCCUAGAGGACACAGGACGAAGUAUCCAGACCAGAGCCUCUACACCCGCCAGACGGACAACACCAACAACAACAAGCUCUGCAGCUGCAACGCAGGGCUUACUGCAUUUCCGCAUAUUGUUCCUGUCGCCGCCGCCGCCCGCCGUCGCCGCCACCCGUCGCUGUCAUCCUUGUAGCCCAGUUCCAGUCGUUGCCACAGCCGGAGUCAUCAUGCCCAUUGCCCAUCCACUGCCGCUCUGCGUGGCCUGGCUGCUGCUCCUCGUCGUGAUUGUGAUGAGCGACAUGACAAACGGCGGUGUGCAGGGACCCAUCGAGGGUUACAAUUCGCUGGACGACCUGCUGACAACCACGCCCACACCCGGCCAGGCGGCCAUGCUCCUGCCCACCGCGCCCACCGCCGCCUACACGCAUCCCAAGUGGAUGGAGCCCUACUUCGAUCCCUCGACGCCGCGCAAUGUCACCGCCCUCAUGGGCAAGUCCGCCUAUCUCAGCUGCCGUGUGCGCAAUUUGGCCAACAAAACGGUGUCCUGGAUCCGGCACCGCGACAUCCACAUACUGACGGUGGGCUCGUACACCUACACCAGCGACCAGCGAUUCCAGGCGACCCAUCACCAGGACACGGAGGACUGGACACUGCAGAUAAAGUGGGCUCAGAAACGGGACGCCGGCAUGUACGAGUGCCAGAUAUCGACGCAGCCAGUGCGCAGCUAUUUCGUUCGCCUGAAUGUCGUGGUGCCAACGGCCACCAUCCUGGGAGGUCCUGACCUUCACGUGGAUAAAGGCAGCACCAUAAAUCUCACUUGCACUGUAAAGUUCAGCCCCGAACCGCCGGCCUACAUCUUUUGGUAUCAUCACGAGGAGGUCAUUAAUUAUGAUUCAUCAAGAGGCGGCGUGUCGGUAAUUACCGAAAAGGGCGAUGUGACAACCUCAUUUCUGCUCAUACAGAAUGCAGAUCUGGCCGAUUCGGGCAAAUACUCCUGUGCGCCCUCCAAUGCAGAUGUGGCCAGUGUGCGUGUCCAUGUCCUAAAUGUUCGGGCCAUAAUUUCAGGUGAACAUCCGGAGGCAAUGCAAACUGGCUCAUCCGGUUGUCAGUACAAUUGGCUGACCAUCGUCCUGCUGCUGGGCCUCGUCCUUUGCUACAGUAGUCAACAGUGCAGCUCCGCAGUGCCAGCGUCAUUAACAUCGCCAUUACCAUUACCAUCGCAAUUACCAUUGCCAGCGGCUGCAGCAGCAACAACAACUGCAACAGGAGAAAGUGCAUCCAGUGAAAGUGUGACAGCCGCAAGAGCAUCAGCAGCAACAACAACGACAACAGCAACGAGGAAGCGAUGUCCUGCGGUCAAAAGUUGUCGCCAGACCGCCGGUCGUGUCCUGACCAAAAGGUCCUGCCACAGAUGAUCGAAUGAAGGCCACGCCAGCCCCAACUAAAUAGAGUAAUUUAAAGAGCCACAUGAAAUGUGUGCGAGUGAGUGUUCGCCCAAGAAGCAUCUAUGAGUGUGUGAAUGAUCGUUUGAGUGUUUGCUACUCACCCGUUUAGUAUGCCAGUUUUAAACUUGUACCCAAAAACCACAUUGCCGAACAAUGGCGCAGUAGAGGUUAAAUUUAUUCCAAGUCAAUCAAAUUUUCUGAAUAUUUGCUUCUUUUAGUGUUUAUAGUUUUCCCAAUCAAACUGUAAGAAGUUUGUCAGUAAGAAGAAAUUGGUUGAUAAUCUUUAUAGCUUUACCAAUAUAAUUAAUCUAUUUCUUACCUUCUUAAUUUUAUAAAGAAAACUUCACCAUUUUUAUUGAUUAUUCCUAAUUAAAAUGUCUACCAAUCUUCUCUACUGCCCAAGCCGUUGUAAAGCAAUGUAUUUAUAUAAAUAAUAUUUUAUGUAAGCUUAUUGAUUACAAUUUAAUGUGUAUAUUUAAACAAAAUCAAAAUGUACUAUACGAUGUGUGUAAAUAAGAAACUUAAAUAUAAUUACGGCAUAACCGAGCGUUUGGCAAGCACAACAAAACAAAAUAGGUGUAUUACAAACAGAACAGAAAUGAAUAAUCUCUAUGGCCAGUGGCACUGACUCUUUUAAUAAAUUAUUGAAUAAUCAAAUAAAGUGCAGUGUACAGUGCAAGUGCCGGCCUCAAAUAUUAAAUAAUUAGAUAAAAACGUAGACAAGCCAAAUAGCAACAAAAUGAGAGCAGCAGUGAGUCAUAAAACAUUUAAAUUGAUUGCCAUAUCAUGCAAAUAUUUGCACCGCGCAAUUUUCCGCCGAACAAAAUGUAAAUUUGAUUUUCUGUUUAAUUCAGCCACUCAAAUACAAUUUAUUUAAUAUUUCAUUGCAGUGAUAUUAAUGACACAUUUUUAUAAUUGACGGUAAACCAAGCCGCAUCACUUCGAAAUGAUUAAUAAAUGCUACGCAAUGUUUAUCUAACAA